GGUUGAUCUGGAGGCGCGACUUUCCACGCCCACUGCCCGCAUCGCCGCCUGCCCUCUUCCCAUAUAACUUCUCUUCCCUUCCCACCUUCAUCACCACUUUUUCUUCCUCUCUUCUUCAUCCAUCGACAACUCCAGCUUCCAUCGCUCUAUCUCUCACGUCCAUCCAGACACUUUCAAACCUUUUCAAAACCAAACCUCAACCUCAACACCAUCAAAAUGACUGGCGGCAAAUCUGGCGGCAAGGCCUCUGGCUCCAAGAACGCACAAUCCCGAUCCUCAAAGGCCGGUCUCGCAUUCCCUGUCGGUCGUGUCCACCGUCUCUUGAGAAAAGGCAACUACGCUCAGCGUGUCGGUGCUGGUGCUCCAGUCUACUUGGCUGCCGUCCUUGAAUACCUUGCGGCUGAAAUCCUCGAACUUGCUGGCAACGCCGCUCGUGACAACAAGAAGACCCGUAUCAUCCCCCGUCAUCUUCAGCUCGCCAUCCGCAACGACGAGGAGUUGAACAAGCUGUUGGGUCACGUCACAAUCGCCCAAGGUGGUGUCCUGCCCAACAUUCACCAGAACCUGUUGCCAAAGAAGACUGCCAAGGGCAAGAACCCCAGCCAGGAGCUAUAAGCUUCUUUUGUUGUAUCUGGCUUGGUUUGCAAUGGAGUUUCAUGACAAAUGUGAUCACACACGGGGUUUGGGGUUGGGUUGACCUGGUCAAAUGGGCUUUUUCAGAAUCUGCGUUUACGGAUAGGGUUGUACAUUAUGUCCAUGCAUGCCUACUAUCAUCAUGAACAUGAUCAGGUAUGCAACAGGGGCAUGAGCUACACGCGACGCGACGGCAAAGCAAAGGCAGCUUUGCAAUGGAAACCGGAUCAUAGAGAAAGCAAUCUGAUGAUCCCAAGACAAAUGCCAAAUCAUUCACCAUG